GAGCGCGGCGGAGUCAUCUUCAACCAGAAAAAGAAAACAAGAAGAAAAAAGAGAUAAAGCUAUGGAGGGCGAAGAAGGAGGAGGGUUAAGGCUGAGCAAGAGAUUCUCAGACAAAGGAGGCGAAGUCGAUAACAAAACCAAGUCAGGCACAGCGUGGAGCCACUCGUUCCUGAACCAGAAGCCAUGGCACCCUCUCUCUUACCCCAACCAACGCCGCAAAUGGAUCGCCGAGCAGAUCCAGGCCCAGCACCAGCGUCGCUCCGAAGAAGUCUCCCGCGAGUAUCAGCAAGAGCAGGAGUUAUUUCGCCAGGCAGCUCUCAUCUCCAAGAAAGAUAAAGAAAAGAUUGAGACUAUGAAAGCUGUUAGCUUCAUGUAUGUGCGGCCGCCGGGUUACAAUGCCGAGAGUGCCAAAGCUGCAGAGCUUGCCGAUGAGAGUAUGAGAGAUGGUCACCAACAAGCACAGACAGCCGGUCCUUCUACUUCAAUGCCAACUGGUGGUGAAGAAGCCAAGAAGAAACCGAGGCCGAAAGAUGUGUUUGGCCGCAGUUUGCCUACUGAACAAGAGUUUGAGGUGUUGAAAAAUGCUCCCAGGCUGGAAACUGGUGUUGCUGCAAGGGCAAAACCAUUUGGAGUUGAAUUGCGCAAUGUUAAGUGUGUGAGGUGUGGAACAUUUGGUCACCAAAGUGGUGAUCGUGAAUGUCCAUUGAAGGAUGUGAUAAUGCCUAACGAAGAGAGCCGACUGAAAAGGGACGACCCCUUGACUGCCAUUCUUGCACACACAGAUCCGAGUGAGCCACUGAAAUGGGAGCUCAAGCAAAAGCCAGGAAUUAGUCCUCCACGUGGAGGGUUCAGGCCAGAUGAUCCCAACCAACAAAUAGUUGCCGAGGAUGAUAUAUUUGAUGAGUAUGGAGGAUUUCUUGGUGAGAAUGUGAUCCCUGACUUACUGGCCAACUUCUCAAGCAAACCCAAGAAGAAAUCCAAAAAGAAGAGCAAGCGCAAAACAAACAAGUCACCAUCCAUUAGUGGAGAAGACAGGUCAUCUUCUGAUGAGGAUGACAAGAGGAGAUCAAAGAAGAAAGCACCCAAGCUAAAGAAGAAGAAGCAUAAGCAUUCUGAAUCAAGCUCACCAGAGAUUGAUAGACAUGAAGUAAAGAAUAAAGACAAGGAUUCUUAUUCAUUGGAGGAUUUGAAUGAUGAAAAAUAUAACAGAAGUACCAAGGAUAAACGGAAGCAUUCUCAUUCAUUUGAAGAUUCUGACAUGGAUAGGUGGCAGAACAGAAGGGACAAAAGCAGAGACAGAGAUGUGAAUUCGUCUCAAGAUUCUGAGCCCGAUAAGAACAAAAGAGGUAGCAGACACAAGCAUGCUUACUCAUCAGAGGAUUCAGAUGGUGAAAAACGUCAUAGAAGUACAAUGAACAGACAAAGGCAAUUUAGAAGGAAGAAGAGCAGAGACAAUAGUGCUAAUUUCUCCGAAGAUUCUGAGCCAGAUAGGCACCUUCUAAGUGAAAAGAGAAGACACCAGAGCAGACAACUGCAUUCUUAUUCAUAUGAAGACUCCGAGUCAGAUAGGCAACAUAGAAGUGACAAGAGAAAGCGGAGGGGACACCGGCAUUUUUCUUCAUCUGAAGAUUCUGACACAAGUAGGCGAAGUAGAAUUGAAAGAAGCAGGGAUGAACUCUCCUACACAUAUAAUGAGGCUGAUGAGAAAAGGCAUCAUAGAAGUAGAAACAGUAGACACAACUCACACAAGCGCUAGAUGUAUAUUCCAACUCUUGAGGAUCAGAGGUAGACAAUAUUGCAGUUGCGAUCAUCAGUUCAUCAAUCUUUUGGGUAUCAAAACAACUCUUUCAUGUGUGUUUUCGAACAGCUGGCUUAGGAACUGCUCCGGUGGAAAUGAGCUUUAUGAGCUUUACUCGUAAACGUAACAAGGAACCGAGUUAAUUGACAUGACGAAUUAUCUGUCACCGUGUUUGUUUCAAACCUUGUAUUUGUGAAAUUGAUAGUCAAUUGUUAGUUUGUUACAACUUCUAGAUAAGAAAUGAUCAAUU